AUGCUGCUGGCUGAGCGGCUUGGGGGCGCCGCUAUGCUGUUGAAUCUGUUGCUGGCUACCCAAGUGGUUUCGGCAUUCGAGCCCAUCAGCGUGGCAAUCGCCAUCGGGGCCGCGUCGGCACUCACGGGCUAUCUAUCCUACACGGACUUCUUCUGUCGCUUCGCGGAAUGCUGCAGCGCGAAGCAUCCUCUCAACGCCUCGGCCCUCAAGCUGGACUUGGAGGAGAAGCUGUUUGGGCAGCAUCUGGCCACAGAGGUGAUUCUCAAGGCCCUGACUGGCUUCAGGAACAACAAAAAUCCCAAGAAACCACUGACCCUUUCUUUACAUGGCUGGGCUGGUACAGGCAAGAAUUUCGUCAGCCAGAUUGUAGCUGAACAUCUUCACUCAAAAGGCCUGAAGAGUAACUUUGUACACCUGUUUGUAUCAACUCUGCACUUUCCUCACGAGCAGAAGAUAAAACUGUACCAGGACCAGUUGCAGAAGUGGAUUCGGGGUAACGUGAGUGCAUGUGCAAGCUCUAUUUUCAUAUUUGACGAGAUGGAUAAAUUGCACCCUGGGAUCAUCGAUGCAAUCAAGCCCUUUCUCGACUACUAUGAGCAGGUUGAUGGAGUGUCUUACCGGAAGGCCAUCUUCAUCUUUCUCAGUAAUGCUGGUGGGGACCUCAUAACUAAGACGGCGCUUGAGUUUUGGAGGGCAGGGAAAAAGAGGGAAGACAUCCAGCUGAAAGACUUGGAACCUGUAUUGUCUGUCGGGGUCUUCAAUAACAAGCAUAGUGGCCUGUGGCACAGUGGACUGAUAGACAGAAACCUCAUCGACUACUUUAUCCCCUUCCUGCCCCUGGAGUACAGGCACGUGAAAAUGUGUGUGCGGGCAGAAAUGAAGGCCCGCGGCUCUGCCACUGAUGAAGACGUUGUCACACGAGUGGCAGAUGAAAUGACAUUUUACCCCAAAGAGGAGAAAAUCUACUCAGACAAGGGCUGCAAGACUGUACAGGCACGACUAGAUUUUCACUGAGCUUCUCUCCAAAUGGGAUGAGAGGUAACUGGGAGACUCCGCGAGCUUAGGGGCCUUGCCUUUCGGACUUACUUUUGAAUACCUCUUCAGGGGUUUGCAUAUUUGCACCUGUGGACUUU